AUGCCUAACAGAGUUCGUCCAAUUGAAAAGGUGGCUAAAGCGACAGCGAAAUGCUCGACUGAGGCAGCGGCUUACGGAAAAUGCAUUAUCGCGGACUACAACUCCGUUCACAAGGACAUGUGUGCCAAAGAAUUUAUGCGACUGAAGGAUUGUUUCCUGGUAAGCGAAGCCGAUAUCAUUGUCUCAGAUCCAGCCCAGACUAAUUCGGCCAGGCUGCCUCCAAGAAGGUUUAAGUCGGAUGUUCAUCUGAUGCGUCAUUUUGCCUCAUGUCCCAGCGGUGUUAUGAUUUGCAAUCGUUGA